CAUUGAAAUGACAUGAGAUAAUGCUAUAUUUAAGGCUGCAAGGGUGGGCAGUUUACCCUUGGACACAUUCUUCCCGGGACAGUCAUUCUUAAUGCCAUCAAGCAGGGGGAAGGCAUCCUUCCUUUGUCCUUUAUCUCUCUUCUUCAAGACUAGCACCCUUGCCAACCUGCUCUCUGAUUUUUCUCUACACUGGGAUAGCAAAGUCAAGAUUUAGAAGAUUCCCCCAACUUCAGGGAAGGAAUUCCCCCCCCCAUAAGUGUCCAUCAUGGAAAUCCGAAGCUUUUCCCACCGCAGGGAAGAGGAGCAAAAGGAGGAGAGGCACAGAAAUCUACAAAUGAGCUCUAGAACAAGGAAGGCAAAGUUCAGGACCAGUGAAGAAGAAGAGGGCUUCACACGUCUGGAUUUGUCCAUAGCAUCUGCACUUGCAUUGACAUCAGAAAAAUCAUGGGAAACAAAAAUGAGGCAGAUGACUACUGUUUUGGAGCUAGAGAAAAGAGGACAGAAGAGAGUUCGUUUUGGGAACGAAAUGGAGAAACUGGAGAAAACGGUCAUUUGGAACUGCCGGGCCUUGCGUGUGAGAGCUGACAAAAAGGCCCUGCGGCGGAAGGCUGAAGCAAAGGCACAGUUGGAAAAAGAGGUCAUGGAACUGCUUUCUUGCCGACCGCCCAUGUUCUGGAUCCCUCUCCGGGCUCACGCAGUCUGGGAAAGAAUGAGCGUCAAACUGGAAUGUACAGUUCUGGCCUCUCCUCUGCCAGAGGUGACUUGGUAUAAAAAUGGAGUUCGGAUUGACCUUCGUCUGGCUCCAGCAGGGAAAUAUAAGAUGAAGAAUGAGUUUGGAAUGCUGACUUUGGACAUCAGCAGAUGCUCCUUGGACGAUUCUGCCGAAUACAGUGUAGAAGUGAAAAACGCUUAUGGCGAAGCCUACUCAUUUGCCACGGUGCUCGUCAGGAAAUAUUAUGGAAAGGAGUCUGGAUUUGACUCAGAGAUAUAUAAAAAGUCACUCAGGGACCUGGAAGCUGACUUUGCUAGCACUUUGAGGCCUGUCUUUUCUAGAGAGAAGGAGCCCUUCAUGCUUCGCUGCACUUUUACUUCAGACUUGCAGGAAUACCAACGAGACAUCCGCUGGUUCAGAGAUGGUGAGUUGCUGAGAGAUUCUGAUCGCCGCCAAAUAAAGUGUGAGGCCCAGGAGGCUUCCCUGACAGUCUCUUGUGCUUACAAAGAAGAUGAAGGGUUUUACAGCAUCCGCAUACCGACACAUGAUGGGUACAACGAACAAAGAGCUUAUGUGUUUGUUAGGGAUGCCGAAGCUGAAACUGCUGGAGCUCCUGGGUCACCCCUCAGUGUGCAAUGCCAUGAUGUGAAUAGAAACAGUCUCAUACUUUCCUGGAUUACUCCCAGUGAUAAUGGUGGAAGUCCUGUCAUCGGCUAUUACAUUGAAAGGUGUGAAGCAGGCACAGACGAAUGGGUAUUGUGCAAUGAUAAGCUCGUGAAAGGCUGCAGAUCUCCUAUUUUAGGUCUCACUGAAGGAAAGACAUACCAGUUCCGAGUAAAGGCCGUCAACCGUGCAGGCAUCAGUAACCCAUCGAAGGCCAGCGACCCAGUGACAAUGAUAGACCCAAAUGACAGCAAAAGAGUGCUAAAUAUCCCUUAUGAUGAUGGAAUGAGGACAAUUACAGUUUCCAAAGAUGAACUGGAACCCAAGAUCAAAGUCCCUUUGCCACCCACCAACGUUCAUGCCAGUGAGAUCAGGGAAGAGUAUGUGGUCCUCUCUUGGGAUGAACCAGACCCUAGAGGCAAAGAGCCACUGAGUUACUAUGUUGAAAAGUCAAUAGCAGGCAGUGACAGCUGGCAGAUGGCUAAUCUGGACACCCCAGUGAAUUCCACAACAUUCACUGUCUUCGAUCUGGACAAAGGGAAGUCCUAUUGCUUCCGAGUGCGGUCUGUGAACAAGUAUGGAGUGAGCGAGCCUUCCUUGCCCAGUGAGCCCAUCUCUUCUGGAGAAAAAAUAGCUCCCCUCCCACCCCCAUCCCAGGUGCUGACCUUCAGAGACACAAACACUUCUGUUUUCGUGAAGUGGAGCAAGCCAAAGGAGGGCCAGGAACCACUUGGCUAUUAUAUAUAUUGCCGGGAGGUUGGGACAGAUGAAUGGCAAACGGUCAACAAUAAACCCAUCACAUGCAAUGAGUUCACCGUUCCAGGGCUCAAAACAGGCAAAGAGUACGUCUUCUGUGUGAAAUGUGUUAAUGAAGCUGGCGUGGGUGACAGCUCCCCUGAAUCAGAUGCCAUCAUUGUGAGGCAGGCUAUCUCUUGUCCAUCAGCCCCGCGGGACUUUGCCUUGCUGAGUUGCGGGAAAGAGAACAUGACCAUUGCUUGGAAGCCUCCCAAACGCAAAGGAGGCACAACAAUCCUGGGCUAUUUCCUGGAUCGACAUGAUGUGUCGCAGAUUGAAUGGCACGAGAUCAACAUUAAGCCAAUCGCUCAGCGUGUUUACACGGUCACCAGCCUGGAUGAAGGACACUUCUAUGAGUUCCGUGGUUAUGCAAUGAACGUGGUUGGUGUUGGGAAGGUGUCAGAACCCAGUGACAUAUUCAAGUGCGAGGAGUGGACAAUGCCAGAGCCAGGACCUCCCUAUGAUGUCAGGUGUACAGAAGUGAGAGACACAUCUCUGAUGCUUCACUGGGAGCCACCUGUGUACACUGGAGCAGGCCCUGUCACUGGCUAUUACGUGGAUGCCUGUGAGGAGGGAUCAGACACAUGGGAACAACUGAACAAGCAGCCAAUAUCCAGCACUCACAUGAAGCUGUCUGAUCUGGAGACAGGAAAGUGCUAUAUUUUUCGAGUGCGGGCCCUGAAUAAGGCAGGAGUUGGCCCACCAUCCUUGCCAUCAGAUCCUGUGAUAGUAAAAACCAAACCAGGCACAAAAGAAAUUGAAGUUGGGGUGGAUGAGGAAGGAUUCAUCUAUAUGGCCUUUGAGGCUCCAGAAAUGGUUGACACCUCAGAGUUUAUCUGGUCUAAGGAUUACGAAGGGCCUCCAAAUCCCGACAGGGUCGAGGUUGUAAACAAAGAUGAUAAAUCUAAACUCAUUUUGAAAUACGCCACUGAAAGAGAUCUGGGAACAUACUCAGUAGAAGUAACAGACACUGAUGAAGACAUCUCUGCCAGUCAUCUUUUAACCCAGGAAGAACUGGACAAGCUGCGGAAGAUCAGCCAGGAGAUCCGCAACCCGUUAAUUGACCUGAUAUCUGGAUGGAACAUUGAUGUUCUGGAGAAAGGGGAGGUGCGGCUGUGGCUGGAGGUUGAGAAGCUCUCCCCAGAGGCAGAGCUGCACUUGAUUUUCAACGGAAAGGAGCUUUCAAGCACUCCAACACAUAAGAUCAAUUUUGACAAAGCAAAAGGCCUUGUGGAACUGAUCAUCCAAGACUUCUCUGAGGACGACAAGGGGACAUACACUGCCAAGCUGAAAGACGGCAAAGCUGAAAACCAGUUUACUUUGGCUCUGGUUGGGGACGAUUUUGAUAAACUUAAAGCAGAGGCUGAUGCUAAGAAGAGAGAAUGGAAGAAAAAGCAGGGUCCACAUUUUAUUGAACAGCUACAGUGGAAGGUCACUGAAGAGUGUGAAGUCCUGUUGACCUGCAAGGCAGGAAACAUGAAGAAGGAGAGCACCUUCAAAUGGUUCUUUGAUAACAAACCUCGUUCAGAUGGUCAGUAUGACCCAAAGACAGGUGCUGGAGUCCUGCGGAUUAAGAAGAUUACCAAAGCAGACAAGGGGAUAUACAAAACUGUGGUUUCUGAUGACCGAGGGGAAGAUACAACUCAGCUUGAUCUCUCUAAGGAAGCGUUUGAUGACAUCCUCAAGGAACUUGCCAGGAUCAGCGUUCUUUCUGCAUCACCUUUGAAAGUCCAGCCUACUGUAGAAGGCAUCAAGAUCUACAGCGAGGUGAAAUACUACACAGAUGCCAUGAAAGCAACCUGGGACCACAACGACAAGCGCGUGGAAGGAGGAGACCGACUGAAAACAGGAACAACCAUGGAGCAGGUUUGGCUCCACAUCCUGGAUCCCAAGGAGUCGGACAAAGGCAAAUAUACUUUGGAGUUGUUUGAUGGAGAAAAAUCACGCAAGCUGUCAACUGACUUGUCUGGCAAAGUUUUCGAUGAUGCGCUGGCUGAACAUCAAAGGCUCAAGGAAGCAGCUGUUGUGGAAGAGCGCCGAGCAAAAGUUGUUCGGGGCCUUCCAGAUGUUGCCACCAUAAUGGAGAACAAGACUCUCUGCUUGACAUGCAUCAUAUCUGGAGAUCCUUAUCCGGAGAUCACUUGGUACAAAAACGAGCAGGUCAUUACAUUCAAAGAUCGGUACAAGAUGGAAGUGAAAGGGACCGUUAUCACCAUCACCAUUGAGAAUGUCAGCAGCGAGGACUCUGGGAAAUUCAGCAUCUAUGUCAAGAACAAGUGGGGCUCUGAAACUGGCAGGGUUACCGUCAGUGUGUACAAGCAUGGAGAAGAGCCUAAGGAGCUAAGAGAUGAGCAGGCCUUGAUCAGAGCUAAGCCUUAGCCCAACGUCUUGUUUCAACCCCAGAGCUCACAUAAAAUAAUCAGAUAGAAGAGAUUUAUUUUCCUUCCUCAUUUGCAGAGCAUUUCUCUCACUGCCAAAUAACUGCCACCAGUAUACCUGGAUUGGUGCUUCCAGGACAGAUUACCAGCUAUGCUGGCUAUGUUCUACCUCCACUGUCAGAGGCAGUAUGGCUCAGAACAGCAGCUGCUGGGAAUCACAAAGGGUGAGAGCUCUGUUGCACUCAGUUCCUCCUUUGAGCUUUUCAUGGGCAUCUGGUUCACCACUGUGAGAAAAGGAUGCUCAGCUCGAAGGGCCUUUAGCAGCCUGAUCCAGCAGGAUUCUUCUUGUGUUCUUAUGACUGCCUGAAGCCGCAACUCCUCUCCUUUUAGAAAUUAAGCACUAGAGAGAAAUAAUUCCCCAGCCCCUACUCUUGUGUUAAUUAAUAUCCUGACAGUAUUUCCUUAACACAGCACGCAUGCACACUUAGAUAGAUACAUGGGAAGGAAAUAAAUACCUAUGAAGAAUCAAAAACCAGUGGAGACCCAUCUGUUUUUACAUGGUAAAGGCAAUCUGUGAUGGACAGUGUCAUUGGGUUGGAUCCAGGCUAAGCUAAUUGAACGUAGGUCCCAUGGAAAUCAAUGGAUUGGGGAAGUCAUGACUGAACUUGCAUUGAAAUAAAUAAAACUUGAAUUCAGCCAGCAAAAUUCCUCAUAUGUUCACCCAGAAAAUUUGUUUGGGGUGUCAAUCUUAAUCUGCAUCCAUCCUGCUGUUGUUUUUUUAAAUCUAUCCUAACUAGUGGGCAUGCACAGUUUGUACUGCCUCCUUCCUAAACCUAGAACAGCUGGUGCCAAGGGACAGUUCCAAUGAAAUGGCUGGAGGUUGGAGGCAGCACUUGGCAGUCAAGGUAGGAGGCUGGAAAUGAAGCCCGGUUUUCUUGUAGGCACCCAGGAAAAUACAAAGUAAGAGGCAUGUGCAAUGGACUUCCCCAGUCUACUGAGUCCCUCUGAAGGACAACUGCUGCAGUGAAUGGACAUGAGGGUCCAUCUUUAAUCAAGCAUCUUUCCACACAGAUGCCUCAUGGGAAACUCAAAAGCAGGGCAUGAUGGCAAUAGCUCUCCCCACAUUGUGCUUCCACCUAAACACACACAUCCAGUAGCUGGUAUUCUGUAGCAUACAAUUUCUGACUCUUUCUAGCUGAUUUUGUCGUAGUGAUCUGAGCUUGUGAAAGUGCCAACCACCACCACAUCCCUUGGUAGCCCAUUUUUUGAAAAUAUUUCAGAACACAGCUACGGGGAGUUGCAUCAGAGCAUCCAUAGGUCAGUACUAUACUUGAAAAUCCCACUUGGGAAAUGUCGACUUACAAGCUAAGGGCCCCUCCAGACUGGUGCUUUAUUGUGGGUGAUUUCACAAUAAUUUUGUUUUAGUAGUGGCUUUAUUCUGCUCAUUAGUUCUGUGAUGCUUCCCCAAUGCUACCUCAUUAUUGAUGUCUGGAAAGGCUGCAGCAGAACAAAAGUGGGACACACACAAACACACACACCCAAAACAUUUGUAGCAUGAAAAGUCAAGGAAUUUCAGCAGGAAGUCACAGGAUGUACACUGAUUGGAAAUGAAGUAGUGUGACCACCCCAACUUUUGUAGGUGCAAAUAGUGGGAUUGCAUAUGACGUCCCCGAUAGGAUGAUGAUGAUGAUGAUGAUGAUGAUGAUGAUGAUAAUAAUGAUGAU